CUUUCCUCAGGAAAACAGAUCACCUUCCACCACAAUAGCGAGCGUCAGGAAGCUGCAGGCGGCCGUAGUGCUCUCCUGAGUCUGCCUGAAGCUCUAGAGAAGAGCUGACACUCAUCAGAGGCCGUCUCACACACGGAGCAGCCCGGCAGCAGCAUGACUCUGCCCUGAAGCUCAGCCGUUUGUGAAGGUUUUCCACUGCAACCAUGCCCAUUCUGAAGAAGCUCCCCGGAAGAUCCAAAAGCUGCCAAGAGUUUUCCAGAGGGAACGGAGAGCUGAUCCUGCCCCGGCUGGACCUGGACAUGAGGGGACUAAGUGACCUCAAUGACCUGAAGGAGCUGGAGGAGAUGAGAAAGAACCUCAACCCCUUUGAGGACGUGGACCUGGAUGAAGAUGAGAAGAACGAUGCGGGCCUCAUCAUGGGGGAGGUCACAGAUAACCACCAGCUCCGGUGCUCCCGGGACGGGGAAGAGGAGGAAAACGAGGUGAACGCAGAGAAGCACGGAGCUGGAAAUCCCAAAGUGAAGCCCCUCAGGGGGACUCUGGAGCGGAUCUGUGGAGUCUCCCCGCUGAAAACUCUGGGAAAACUGGGGAAGGGGCUCCGCAUAUCCGGGAAAAAUGUGUGGGGGAACAAUUAUCCCCAUCAUACCCCUGGAGACUCCAACACACUUCCAGCAGAAAAGGAGAAAAAGAAAGGACUUCGCAGAGGCUCUGAGGGGAUCAUGACCCUGCUCCGCUUCACAGGUCGGCGUAAGGAAGAGCGCAGGGAAAGCCUGCCCUGCGGGGACCUACACCCAGACGGGGAGGUGGAGGAGUCCAGGCGGCCCUCCUUCCUGAGGAUAGUCAGUCUGGGUAAGCUGAAGAGAGAAUCCAUGUCAGACAAGGCGUCCCAGGAGGCCGAGGAGGAAACAGAGGAGGAAGAGCCCGUGGUCAAAACCAGAGAGCCUCUCUCAGUUCUGGAGAUCCUGCAGCUGGUGAACCACAGAGACCUCCUGCUGGCCGACACACACAUUCAGGAGCUGGAGCGAGAGUGCCAGCUGCUGUCUAUGCUGCCAUCAACAUCUACCCCCACCCUCACGCCCACUCAAAGCCCAAGCACACCUCCCUGCUGGAUUCCUCUGUCCCCUCCAUCCUUAGAUGAUUCCCUCAGCUCCAACGCCACGCUGGACUCCAGUAAGAGGAAGGCCAAGGAUGUGGAGCUGCUGUACGAGGCCCUGCAGAGGGAGAUGUGGGAUGUGGUGCGAGAGUCCCUCCGCCAGCCCAGCGCUGGCCCCAACCUCGGCCUGGUUGUCCUUGUCAUCCAGCAGGAGGAGCACGCUGAUGUGACCUGGGCCCUGAGAGAAGAGACCAAGCCAGAGGGAGAGCCCCCCCACAUCCAGCCCAGCCAGCGCCCCCGCCAGCUGAAGCUAAAGUGGAGGCAGGCGGUGGCAGAAGCUGCCGACUGGAGCCUGCCGCAGCAGGUGGACACUCAGGCAGGCCAGCUGGCCUCCUACCUGGAGCGGCUGAGGAGCCGCAUGGUCGACGACCUGGACGCAGCCAGGAGGAACGCCAUUUCCAUAUACCCCGAAGAAUUUGCUGCUUUCCAGGUUUAUGUGGAGAGUUACCAUCAAGCCACAGCCAAACGGCUUCGGACCAUCACCAGUGGACCGCUGCAGAUCACAGAUGUGUACUCAUUACUGGACUGGUUCUACAACGUCUACAACAGGGAUGUUUUGGGAACCAUCGGCGCCAGUGGAAACAUUAACUAUGCCACACUGGGUCCUGUUCUCCCUCAGGAGACGGUGGACCGCCUGGAGCAUGACUGCAUCAACAUAGUGAAGGGAAAGGUAACAAGUGAACUGGUCCAGAUUCUGGAUGAGGAGGAGAGGCGGUGGGCCCAGACGCUGCACAUAGAGGAGUAUCAGUCCCACCUGGCACGCUCAGUCAUCCAGAGGCUGAAGGAGGACUUGGACCGAUCCACAUCUGUGAGCCAGUUUCUGGGAGCCAGAGUGGCUCGCUGCAGUCUCAGUGGGCUGGCUGACUUUCUGUACAACUUCCAGAGGAAGGUGGAGAUCUUCCAUGACACCCAGGCUGAGUUUGGAGACAGAGGGGAUGGCUACAUUUCCAGGACCAUAGCUCUAGCUAACUGCUGUCCUCCACUCAGGUCAUUUGUAGAGCGCUGCACGCAGUGUGACCCACAGGGCAGCGAGGAGGCGGCCCAGAGAGCCAGCUCCUCCCUGGACAGAGUCAUCAAACAGUCAGUAAGGGUGCUGGUUGACAGGCUGUUUGAGCAGAUCAGACCUUUCUUUGACAAGCUCAUCAAGAGGAAGUGGCUGAACAACACAGAAGCCUUUGAGGCUAUUGAAGCCAGCAUCAAACAACAUUUCAAAAAGUUUAAGAGGAUGGACCCUCCUCCAUAUCAGGCGCUGGUGGGCGAGGUGCACAGGCGGGUCCUGGUGGAGUAUGUCCGAGCCACCAUGCGAGGUCGGGUCAUCUGCACAUCCUCGAAGAUGAGGAAGAGGAUGGCCUUCCGCCUGCAAGACGAAGCCAAGCAGCUGAAAGGGCUCUUCAGGGAUCUGGACUCAGACUCCUCCUGGUUGGACAGCAUCAUCUCCCACAUCGCUGACAUCAUUCUCCUGGAGGACACCCCAUCCAUCCAGAUGGAGGUGGCUGUCUUAGUGAAAGAGUUCCCAGACAUCAGGAAGAGGCACGUCUCCGCCCUGCUGAACAUGCGAGGGAUGGUGCGGCAGGCCGAGCGGCAGGAGAUCCUCAAUGUCGUCAAAGACUUUGAAUGCAGCAGCGCUGUCAUGAGUCGAGACCACGCCUUCUUCUCCGACAUCCCCAUCACCUCAGAAGUUCACUGCAUCAGCUUGGGUUUCCUGCGCUUUGCCAUGAGCAUUUCCAACUGGUUCUCAGAGCACCGGCCGAGGAGACAGCGCAGACCGAGCACCAAAAACACAGCGCCUCCUCCUGAGAACAUGGAGUAAAUGAGUAAAUGGUGAGGCCAGGUGUUGUGUCAACUCAGAAGCCACAGACUCACUGUGAAGAUGCUGAAAAAAAGAACAAGCACCUUGAGCACAAUAGGAUGGUUGUCACUUGCAUAAAGACCUUUGUUCUCAGGUACUCUCCAAACGUCACGUGCACACUGACUGUUUUCAUCUCCACAAAUGUGAUGCUACACAGACACGUGAAACCAAAAUCCAGAAAAUGUCAUUUUAUUCCUCCAUGAUGUUGCAGAAGCAGCCUCUUAAAGUUGAUUCUAUUUGAUGAUGUAUGUACUGCACAUGUAUGCAAGAAUUUCUGAUGUUUUGGAACACCCCCACCACUGCUGUUGGUGACAGCCUUGCUUCACCCUGCAGCCCCACAGCAAGUUGGAAACCACCCAAAACCCCUGCCACUGGGGGGCUGGCCCUGCAGAGCCCCUCCAGCACCAAGGUGUCCCUCUGAGAGCAAAGCUCCAGGCAAACCUGAAGCCAUCUCUCUGAGAAAAGCAGAGUGCUGCUCUGAACUUGUUCCGUCUUCCUGCUUUCUGCACUUUGCACGAUGUAGCUGACAAAUAAAAGACUACUAGCUUUUCAUCUCGAGAACAUCCUA